CCCGCACACAACAAGUCACGCCCUGCGGAUGGGCGACACCAAGCUCCCAAAAUCCAGUCGUCUCGACCCACCCCUGAAAUCGCUGCAGCAGGCGUCGGCAGCAUGACGGUGGCGCGCGGCGAGAGCUCGCCGGAGCGGCUGGGCGGCGCGCUGCGGCGGCUGCACUACAAAGCCACCCGAAGAACGCACUCUGCCCGACACCACGCCACCACGCCGCCCAAGGUGGUCGUCAUGGGCAGCAGUACCACAUCAGACAAGACAAUCAAUACGAGCACGGACUCUGCCGCUACUGUGGUCACCUCCGUCACCGGCACGGACGAUUCCAUGGACGCCGAACCGGAUCCUCCCGAACCUCCUCCUAAUCCUCCCAACCUUAUCGACACGGAACACCCAAAAUCACACCAAAAUCCCCCUAACACAGCCCCUCCACACUACCACAGAGCUCAAAACAGCUGUGAAAUUGAUUCCCCCGCGUACACUAAACCCCAAUCAGCUACUGACGCCAUAGAUUCCCCACGUCCUGGUCCAGCAAGAUUCGUCUUCGAUGUACCUUUACCCGAACCAAAAAGAGAAUCCAAAAAAGAAAAACCAAGAAACAAGACUCAAGUGAAUCAAUCUGGAAGUCAUCAAGCGUCAACAUCGAUUCAGGUCCCUUACGACCACAAAAUGGAGCCUCCGAAAAGUCCCAAAGCCAGUCAAUCGAAAUAUGAAACUCAUUUUAAAUUUGAACACGAACCUGUGAGGCGUCGCGGCAGUGAGCCGAGGUUGAAAAAUAAACAGAAGAUGGAGAAACAGGAGUACUACAAGGACGAAGUAGCGAAGCUUAGACGGCAGCUGGAAGGGACCGAAGUCUUCUCUACGAGUAGACGUAGGUCUUCGGCGCAUCAGCAUUCCGUACCACCGCCUUCUUCGAGAAAACAAUCGACAGCUGCCCAAGUCCACGUAACAGCUAAUCCCUUGGACUCAGCAGCUACAACAAUACCAGCUGGUAGGACCACCAUAGUGGUUCAGCAACCGUCGCUCUCGCUAGACUACGGGGGCUGCUCAACGAUACUCCUCAGGGAUGGCGAAGAAGGUGCAAGACGAAAAAGCAGGGUAUGCAGCGAUCACAUACAGCAACUAUUGGAUGUUACCAGUCAAUUUACUUCUGAGGAUCUGCAUGAUUUUGAUAAGAGGUACGGCAGCCCGCACCACUCACGAUCUCAGUCGGUUAAAGCAGCUCGGUCACGCACGGGAGAGAGACAACUGCUGGGACUGCCGCAGCAGCGCGCUAGAGUCGCCUCUAUGCCCAACACCGGUGUCGAGGAGGAAUACUAUCGGCUCAGGCAUUUCAGCAUUACUGGAAAAGGCAUAGUCAACAGAGGAGAUUCUCUACGAUCGAGACGUUCCCGGUCCAAUACAUCAGUAGCAUCAAGUGCAUCAAGCACUGAGGCAAUUACGAGGGCUUCAGCACCUUGCUCUUUGGCAUCGUCCAGAGACUCAUCAGCAGGUCUAAGCGCGUACAGAGUCGUAGUAAUGGGUGCACCAGGAGUUGGCAAAUCCAGUCUUAUUGGCCAGUUUAUGACUUCAGAAUAUUUACACGCGUACGAUACCAGCAUUGAUGACGAAUCCGGCGAGAGAUCAGUGAGUGUGUUGCUUGCAGGCGAAGAGUCAGAGAUCACAUUUAUGGAUUCCCCGCCUGAUCAAGUCAUUUCUGAUGGCUGCGCACAUGGCUACUGCGUGGUAUACUCGACAGCAGACCGCAGCAGCUUUAUGGAGGCCGAGCGGAGGCUGCAGAUCCUCUGGGCGGCAGGCCACACAGCCAGGAGAGCAGUGAUCCUUGUAGGAAAUAAAGCUGAUUUGGCCAGGUCCAGAGUCGUUAAUACUGAUGAGGGUAAAUCAUUAGCGACAUCAUAUGAAUGCAAGUUUAUCGAGACAUCUGUGGGAAUCAACCACAACGUAGACGAGCUUCUCGUCGGGUUGCUCACACAGAUCCGGCUCAAGCAGCAGCACGCAGAGCGAGUUAGGAAGCGCAGCAGCAGCCGCAAGAACCGCAGCCGCGCGCGCUCGCCGCAUGACGCCGACCACGAGCCCCCCGCCUCCGCUCCGGUCCCCGCUUCCGCCUCAACCGCCAGCACGCCGAGAAAACGAACUCGACUGUCAGCCAGUGUCAAGGUGCGUGGCCUCCUGGGACGAGUGUGGGCGAGGGACUCGAAGUCGAAGUCAUGCGAGAACCUGCACGUGCUCUAGCAUUCAGUCGCCGACCCCGUGGCCUGUUUCCCCUUCUUCGACUGCGCUGUUGACUAUGCCUGAACCCAUAUCCGCCGUCUUCAGCAAAUGACAAAACAUGAGCUUCCCUACUAAGACGCCAUAAACUCCACUAAGUUUAGGAUCGUCUGCAGCCAAUGGCUUCCCGCGACCUUCACCAGGGUUUCGGUAUAAGAGAUGUGAUUAGAUUCUACGUAAAGUGAAGCAAUACUUGUGUGGUGCAAUUUUUCCACAGUAGGAUCGAUUUAUUUUGUUGAAACUUAUUAUAAUUUACAUAGUUUAUUAUUAACAAAAUGAACUAAUUAUGGAUCGUUUUCAGAUAA